AUGACUGGGCGACGCAAGCACAGAGAGCCAAGCAGCGAGGCCUGCGACGUCCUGCCGAGCAUCCUUGGGAGCGAGAGUGCACGGGCAAAAGAAAUGGGCCACCACGUGCCGCCUUUUUGUUUUUGUUUUGUUCUUUUUUUCAGAGGCCAACUUAGAAGCUCACCAUCAUCAUCACCAGGUUCUGAUACUCCCGAGAGGCUUUCACACAUUUUUCGACUUGACUACCUUCCUCGGGUAAACAUUUUUGCAAACAUCAUUCACGAAAAGGCCAACCGUUUCUUGACAAGAUGCUUUGCAGGGAAAGGAUCAACCAAAACACUGUGGGAUCAUCUCAAUCUGAAGGGCAAGCUGUGGGGAAAUUUCUGGGAAGAUGCAAACAUCACAGCAGAUUGA